ACCUGGGCUACCAUCUGAACCCGCAAAUUCGAGCCGCCUGCUCCUGGCAGGCCGGGGUGUGGGGGAUCCAUCCCACAGCUGCUCUUCCGAUGGGGAUGUGUUUUCCCUGUCCCAGGGAGUCUGCGCCCCCCUCGCCUAGCCUGGAAGAAAAAAGAGCAAAACUUGCAGAGGCUGCAGAGCGAAGACAAAAAGAAGCUGCAUCACGGGGCAUCUUGGAUGUUCAGUCUGUAGAAGAGAAGAAAAGAAAGAGGGAAAAAGUAGAAAGACAGAUGGCAACGUCUGGUCCCCCAUCAGAAGGUGGACUUAGAUGGACAGUUUCAUGAAGUAAUAUGAGUUGGAGAGUUUCCUGCUAAUAACUAAUAACUUCAAUCAAGUGGAUAUAUUCAACUUUGUAUAUUCUCUGAAUAAAUGAAGAUUGAGACGGGUUCAAUUUUUUCCCAGACUUUGUCCUUUGAAUGCAAUGCUUUUUAAGUACUGAAAAUGCAUAUGAUCUCACUUAAAAGUGAUUAGAGCUUUCAUUAAAUACUUCUACUCAAUGAAGGUAAAGGGUGAUUUUCCAUUUUUUGGUAGUUAAAAUACAGCCAUGUAAAACAAUGCAUAUAAAAAUUCUGCAAUUUUUUCUAAUCUUAAAGUUUUUCAUAAUAUUUUCCUGCUUUUAUAUAAAAUAAGAGUUAUAUUACUUAGGAAUCUAUAAGUUUUAUGUUAUUGGACAUGAAGACUGGCUUGAACUAAUGAAUUGGUGCCUUUUAACUGAUGAUCAGGGUUAAUCUUAAAAAUCAUUUGAAGGGCUUAUGUGAAAGAACUCUACAUUUUAUAACUUAAUCAACCAUGGAAUGUUUAUAGUAAAUAAUAUAUUUUCAAAAUUUAUUUCUAUUUAUAUAGCAUGUAAAAUUGAUGUAGUAUAUUGACAUAACAAAGAAGCGUAUUUUGUUUUUGCUUGUGGUAUUAAAAAUUAUAAUUGUGGUACUGAUGGCAAUAAUGCACCAUUGUGUUAUAUAAGGUUCUUCAGCUCUAUAAAGACAUGUUAAUAAU